AUGUCAUCUCCAAUAGCAACCAGGCAGAUCAUGAGAAGGCGGCGGAGGCCUGGAAACAGAGCAAACCGGGCAUGCGUACAUUGCAAGGAAAAGAAACUGAAGUGCGACGAAAAGAUUCCAUCUUGCGCAAACUGCCAUCGCUUUCACCUGACCUGCCUUGUCAAAGACCCCGAGACUCAUAAACUACGGCCGAGGAACUACCUCGAAACCUUGGAGGAACGCCUUGCCUCAAUCGAGCAGCGUGAGACCCAACAUCCAUCCGAUGCCAGUUCCUCAUCGCCGCCUGCUUUACCCACCAGUGCUGAUAGCAGCCGGUCCUUGCCCAUGUUUCUGUCGGAAACCGAAGACAGCCCAGCCGGCGAUCUGCCUGCGCGGGUUGGAUUCCUAGACUUUAAAGCCACCCAAGCUGAGCCUCAAUACUUGGGUUCCUCUUCUUCGUUUGCCUUUGCGCAUCUAAUCAACUCCUCACUUCGAGGGGCGCUUCCUCACAAGCCAUCCGCACCGCUGCUCGCGCCUGAGAAAGUCGAAAGCGCCCCGCUGCCAUGCCUGUUACCGGAGUAUCACAUCGCCACCACGCUCAGCAAUGCCUACUUCGAUAACAUCCAUACACAGUAUCCAUUUCUCCACGAGCCGACGUUCAGACACUACGAGGCACAGGUCCUCUUCUCGUCUACUGAUUUGAGUGAUCCUGGCACUCUAUCGAUACCCAUGUUCUUCCUGAAUAUGGUAUAUGCUGUGGGUGCCCGCAUUGUUCCUGGGUACCAGCAUUUGGCAGAGCCACUGUAUAGCUCCGCUCAGCUAUACCCCGAAGUGCUGCUGCUAGACAAUCUUGAGGCAAUCCAAGCGAUUCUUUGUUAUGCCAUGUACUCACUUCGAUCUACAAAAGGCCCAUCUCUGUGGAAACUCUCGGGACUGGCCUUGAGACAAUGCAUAGAAUUAGGAUACCACCGUAGUGCGAAGCGCGGUCUCUCGAAGCGGGACCCCCUCCACGCUGAGUUGAGCAAAAGAGUCUUUUGGGUUGCUCAAGGCAUAGAUGUUUCCUACGCUCUUCUGCUCGGGCGACCCUUGGGAAUACAGCUUAAUGAGGUCGAUGCUGAGCUGCCGCUAGACAUCAGCGACUCCUUGAUAUCCGCAUCAGGCAUCCAUGAAACUCCUAGGACUUCGGCCGACGGAGUUCCGACGGUCAUGUCCAAUGCCAUCCACGUCAUGCGCCUACGGCGAAUCUGGGCGAGAAUCUAUACUCUGGUCUAUUCGCCAGCUGCAUUUCAGGAUGCGAAUGAGGAGACUCGUCGUGCCUCGAUCAUGCAGCUGCGCGCAGAUCUAGAACAAUGGCGAGUAACCGCCCCUGAGCCUCCCCCUCGGCAUGGACAAACUCUCUCAAUCUUCGCGACAAAGGCAUGGUAUGAACUCAAUUACUGUGGGUCUAUCCUCCACCUUUACCGCUCUCAGCUCGCAGAGGGCAAGCAGACCCCGGAUAAUAUCUUUAUCGACUGCUUGGAAGCGGCUAGCUUUGUUUGCCAGGAGUAUCGCCGUCAGUACAUCGGCACGUCUGUCAAGCAUACGUGGCGCACGCUUCAUUGCUUGUUUCUGGCCGGACUGACGUACUUGCAUUGUCUCUGGACAUCUCCUGCUGCCUGCCGGUCUGUACAGUAUCAGGAGGCCAGCAAGACCUGUAUCGAUUGCACCAUGGUACUGGUAGUAAUAGCGGAAGCCUGGGAGGGGGCUGCUCCGUAUCGCGACAUCUUCGAGAUCCUUGCGAGCCACACAAUGUCAAUGAUAAUCAGCCGCAGUCAGCAGUCACAACCCCCGCCACAAGGCCCCGCCUUGGCCGAUACUUCAGAGCGAGAAGCUGUGUCACGUAGGAUAUCGGUCAUUGAUGAUAUGGGCAUGCUGAACGUAUUUGACGACCUACUGGUAGGCUUUGUAGACAAUUUUGGACCCUAUAACGACAUGGCGGAAGUUGAGCUAUGA